AUGAGCAUUCGAAAUCGAAAAUACCGUUGGAUUCGUCGUGCGCGCGUCCUUGUCGCCAUCGAGCUGAUCUUAUCGAUUUUGUUCGAUUUGACAAUUCUGGGAUCAGUGAAACGGGAGCAACUGUUGAAUUGUCUGCUGAUAGUGGUGAUAACACUCAAUAUCUUGACAGGUGCAAGAUUAUUCCUAAAACUGCGCGGUGUCAAAUGCGCAAGCUCCAUUAUGGCCUAUGUGAUAUGGAAGGUGGUCCAGGAGGUCGUCAUGGUUCCAGCUCUCGUCAUUUUCAGCUUUAUUUGUGUAGAUCGAUAUCUCAAAAGUUGGGAAAAUGUGAAUCGUGGCAUUCAAAUUUUGCUCGUCGUCUGGACAUAUGCAUUCUAUUCGUUGGCGUUGAUCCUGUUUUUGGGCUGGCUCGCCAGGUCCCUCUGGCAACUCCAAACCGCCCAUACCCAAUCAAAUGGCACUGAUAAGAACGAGUCAACGACACAAAUCUCGUUUAUCGAUGCGUUUCAUUCGGAAGCCAACGAUCAUCAGGAGCUACUACAAACUACAAUUAGACUACAAACUACAAACAACGAGUCGGUGGAGCUGAUGGAAAUGAGAUCUGCCGGCGGGGAUACUGUAGUUCCUUAG